AUGCCCACAACAGUACGGAGACUGUGGAAGCUCAUAUACAAACGACUCGCAGCUAUCACAAGGACGAUCGCGCGCUCGGUCAGCUCUUCUCCGGCCCAAUGCUCACAGCUUCAGUCCCCGUUCUUCAGACUACCGACCGAGUUGCGCGCAAAGAUCUACUUCCUGAUACUGGAGGAUGAAGAGCAAUGCGAGAAUCCUCACUUGACCGUGACGCCGGGGGAAGCCCGCGUACUUGGGAAGAAUGCAUGGCUGAGCCGUGUCUCAUGCGCAAGGAACCUGAAACGUUUGCUACGAACAUGCCGACGCUUGCGUGAUGACUUGAACAGCGACAUCCUAUACGUCCUCGCCACGAGCGAGUUCAUCUACCCCUCUCUCGACAAAGCAAAGCAGCACUCUGCCAGUCUAUCGCCUGCGCAGAGAAAAUUCAUUAAGACCAUAACGCUCGAUGUCAGCUGUUAUCUCGAUGUCUCACCAGAUGGCUACCACGACAUUGCUGAGGAAGGUGACCGCCACGAGCGUCGUCUGCAUGAUCUGGAUGAACUCGGCUUCUCGGAAACAAGGCCAGCGAGCGAGCAUGCAGAUGCUCUUCUGGACGACUCUCCGGCUAAAUUUCUCGGCGUACACCAACACAUCAACUCCGUCAUAUUCGACUUUCGCGGUGUUCGGGUGCACCAUGCUCAUUUGCAGCAGGACUGGAUUGAAUUUGAGGUAGGUGAGACUCUUCAAAGGGAAGAGGCGAUGCAGCAAAGCGAUGUCAUCGUGAAACUGUGGUCGUCGUCCAAGGAGUGGCCGUAG